UUUCAAAAUCACCUUGUGUGAGCUGUGAUUGAUGUGAGCAAGAUUCCAUUCCAUUUUCAAUUUCAUACUCAUAUAUCACGCAAAUUUGCACAUUUGUUUCUGAACCAACACAUUCCACAACAAGGAUUCUUCUUCCAAACAAACCACCUCAACACACUUUUGGGGUCUGAUCUCAAGCCCAGAGAUGGUGACUUGCAGUGAUCAAAAUGCAGUUAGUAAGCAUGUGAUGGCAGCUGAUACCAUAAAGGACCACACAUUGAGCAGCAAGAAAAUAGAAGGAGAUGAGGGUUUGAACACCGUGGCGUGCCUCAGAGGGAGGUUACUAGCAGAGAGACAGGCUUCAAAGGUAGCUAAGGAGGAAGCAGAAUCAAUGGGCAACAAGUUGGUUGAGUUGGAAAAGCUGCUUAGAGAAGAGAUUAAAUUAAGAGAUAAAGCUGAGAGGAAGCUAAAUUUUUUGAAGAAAAAACUUGAAUCUUUCAACACAACCUCCAAAGGGAAAUUGGAGCAAUCUGAUUCAUCUGAGAAAUGUGAAUCUUUCAACACAUCCUCCAAUUCAGGGCAAUUAGAGCAAUCUGAUUUGUCAGAGAAAUUUGAUAAUUAUUGUGAGACAUCUUCAAUUAGUUCAGCUUCCAAGCAUUCAGAAGAAAAGAAUCUUGCAAAAAACCCAACUUUGCUAGAAAAUGUUGCACUCAUUCAGACCCAUAAUGGUGAAUCCACUACAAAAGAUUGUGAUUCUCAGAUUACUGAUUGUUCCAAUAGUAAUUCAGACAUGGGUUUCUCUUCCCAGGAUUUGAACAAUGAUGGUAGCAGGCUUUCUAGUUUGAGCUCAAAAUCAUCCGUGACAGAGAAUGAGAGUGAUUAUGGAGAUUCCUUUGAUAAUUCUAUGGCAUUAGUUCCUGUGAAUAUGACAGCAACAUCACAAGCCACCAUUAACCAAAAACCAGUUAAUGAAAGAGUCGGUGAAGCUCUAAAUGCAUUGAAGGUUGCAAAAGAAAGGCUCCAAGGUUCAUUAGGAAUAAGGCAAGUGAUUCCCAUUGGCACAAAUUAAGCUCACACUCGAUGCAUGUUUGGAAACCAUUCUUCAACUGAUUCUGAAGCCAUAAUCGAUUGUGAUGAGAAGCUUCUGUGAGUAGUUUCUGCAUUUUAGAAUUGAUACCGAUGAUGAAAGAGAAACGGAUCGAAACAUGCUAUUAGAUAGUAAUAAUGCUAAAUAAUUUCUCUGUUAAUGUAUUAUAGAAAAUAAGAUUAUUUACUGAAUGUUUUCUACAAAUUGAUUGUGAAAAUCAGUUCUAGAGAUAAAUUAUUGUAAGUAACUUCUAGUGCCAAAAUUGAUUUUGAUGAAAGAGAAGUUGAUCUGAA